AAACAAACGUCAUUUCAUUUUUCAUUUCCUUUUUGAAGUGGGCCGUCCAGUUCAUAUUUUUGUGAUUGUUUGUUAAAUAAAGCGUUAUGAUGGCUGAGGACACGACAGCCGACGCGACGAGACGUUUGAACGUGAAGAAACAGACGUUGGAUGACGCUUAUGCGGCGCCGGCGAACUUCCUCGAAAUCGACGUGGUAAACCCUGUCACUACCAUGGGUGUCGGAAAAAAACGCUACACCGAUUACGAAGUCCGGAUGAGGACCAACCUGCCCGUGUUCAAAGUCAAAGAGUCCAGCGUGAGACGACGGUACAGUGAUUUCGAAUGGCUGAGAAACGAACUAGAAAGAGAUAGUAAGAUUGUGGUUCCUCCCUUGCCUGGCAAAGCUUUAAAGAGACAGCUUCCAUUCCGCGGUGACGAUGGCAUUUUUGAAGAGGACUUCAUUGAAGACAGAAGGAAAGGUCUAGAAGUGUUCAUCAAUAAGAUCGCGGGCCACCCGCUGGCGCAGAACGAGCGGUGCCUUCACAUGUUCCUGCAGGAACCCAACAUCGACAAGAACUACGUGCCCGGGAAAAUAAGGAACACAUAAUAAAUAACCAACACGUUCGCCCGGCUUCGAGACAAUCCUGGUAACCAGUAAGUUGGCCUAGGUAAAGCCUGUUUGCUUGAGAAAAUUAAAAAGAACUUCCGCCCCCGCGGCACAGGAACCACGUCGCGCGCGGCGCGUUUUACAUCGAGGGCUUCCACCAACCGUACAAUGUUUAUCUGUUGAAAUAGUAUUCAUUGCCUCUAUUGGUCGAAACCCUCGAUAAAAUUCGCGACGCGCGACACGGUUGCUGUGCCGCGGGGGCUCGUCUCGUUAAGACUUAACACUUUCAAUCCGUUUCUAUUACUCGGAGCCGUCAUUUGCUAAAGCGAGCGCACGCUAUCGCCUCGUCGAUUCGCUCUCUCUCGCUCUAGCAAAUGACGGUUCUAAGUAACAGAAAAGGAUAGAAGUAAAAGAAAUGUGCAGACAGAUGUGGUUUGACCGUUACUAUACCCUAUUUGACGUAGCAUGAUUAGAGUGACAUAUCUUUCGUCUCUUUCUCACUAUCUUUCUUUACUGUAUUACACUAAUAGUGCGAAAGGGACAUAAUCUCAAGUCUAUUUCGCACUAGGCAAUGUACUAUAUCUCCGUCAUUCUAAUCGAGUUAAGUUAAAUAGGGUAUAUAGGCGAUGUUUUGAAUCAUAUUGCAAGUGUCAUACUAUCAUGAAUAAAGUGUUAAUGACCUAGGAAUGUCCCAAUGGAAUGAAUGACCUAGGAAUGUCCCAAUAUCCAUAUAAGGUCGCAUUUAUCUGGCUCAAAGUUAGAUCGGAAACAUUUUUAUGAAACAUGUAAUAUAAAAUUAAUUUUUUUAUCUUGUUAAAAAUUUAUCCCCUUGGGGAAAGAGCACCAACUUAAAUUUAAUUUAGUUUGAUAGUUCUAAAACUAGCUCUAUCUCUGUCUUGCACUCUGUAAGUGAAGGACGGCACUAUUUUUAGAGCUGUCAGACUUAAAUAAAAUUAAGUUUGCCAAAAACGGCAACAUUCGGACUUUUAACUAAAAUUACUUAAAAAAAAUAUAUAUCUGUAUUUUUCAUUAAAACUACAUUUAGCAAUAUUUCAAUGUAAUUUUGAGCUAGGAAAUGAAUUAGAAAAAUCUAGAAAUCUGCCUGGGAAACAACAGAUUUGGGAAAAGUAACUAGUAUCAUUUUCGAGUCGAAACAUGGACGAAGCCAGUGUAAUAAUGAUAAUGUUCAGUUGUGAUCGUUUUAUAUUGAGAAUCACAAAAUACAAUAAAAAAAAUGAUUAAGUAGAUAGGUGUUGUCCAUAUUUCUUUUUGUAAAAAAAUGUGCACACAUUUUUGUUUUCUAAAGGAACUCGAUUAGUAAUUUAAAUAUUUUAAUACAGUUUUAAAUAAAAAUAUUAAAUGUUACUCAACACCGAACGAAAUGAAGUAGUGUUAGGUAUUGUCUCGAAGCCCUACCGAAUUUUAUUGCAGUUGUGAAACGAAACAGACAUUGCCUUGUAUUUUAUUUAAGAAAUCACAAUUUGCAAUAUUAUUCCAUGGAGAAAUCAGCAAUAGAAAUAUUUAACAUCGGCACUGCAUUCCACAGAUAAUAUUUUUGAAUCAAAGUUAUUUUUCAUUUUAAGAAAAUGAAACAGUUAAAGGUAUGAUUUGGUGCGUAAUAAACUAAUUCUGUAUAUUCUAAUUAUUAUAAAUUAGAACAAAAUUUAUAACAAUAAGGUAAAAUUCUUGUUAAUAAAAGCAAUAUUACUGGAAUUGUUGUAUUGUGUAGCAAUCGUGUUUGAUCGUAUUUUAGUUUUCAUGUUUCAUCGGCACCAGUGGUAAAAAAUAUUUAGUCAAAAUUAGUUACGACAUUAUAAUAUUUUAGCUUGUUAUAGUUGCAUAUCUGUCAAUCUCAUCGUUUUAAUGUAUUUAAUUUUAAAAUAUAUUGUGUAUUUAUUCGGAGCUAGGUUUGCGUUGGCGCGACAAUAUUCGUUGAAUCUUGUCGCGCCGAAGUCGGAGGUAAUCUGAGUAUAGAUAUAAUUAGUUAUAGAAGAUGUUCUGUUCAUGUUGAAACCCGGGGUGUAAUUGGCAAUAUGGAAACAAAGCUGUCCAUAGAUAGACAAAUAUUGUAUAUUGCGCUAGGUUGCGCAUAAAGCAGCGACUACGGCGUAUUGCAUGUGCAAACAGUUUGUGCAAAAAUUUGCUCAAAAACACGAUACACUGUGCAGCCUCUCGACAGCGACAGUUAAGUUCGGUAUCGUUUGUGCAAAUCGUUUGAGAAGUAUAUCGUUUAGCAGUAAACGAAAGCUUACUUGUGCAAAUUAUUUGUGCAAUGAAGUUUUUACGCGGAGUUGCGAGCUUAAGAGGUAGCGGUGACCAACCUGUAACGAUCACGUUUAUUUUAUAAAAUGAAUGCCUUUGGUGUACAAAAUUGGUGGUAAACAUAGAAUACUUCACUUAGCAUUAAAUUUUCAAUCACUAGGUGAUACAUGACUGUUUAAUUAUACACGAAAGUAUAAUUUACAUGGAUAUUUGUUAAACAGUUAACAUGAAUACAUUGUAUUAUGUCGAUCAUAAUAGGAUAAUGAAAUAAAUUUGCUAUCAUGUCA